AUGACAACAGUAGCCGGGUGUCUGUAUGUAUGUAUGUAUGUAUGUGUGUGUGUGUGUGUGUUCACUCCGGAGCCUUUUGUUCAGUGUUAUGCUGUUUUUAUUAAACCCUGGAGCUAAAAGAGACACGCGGCGUUUACAGCAUUAACACUGAAUACAGAUAUCAGCAGCAGCUCUCAGCCCGCUUUAACCAAACCCGCCCACGAGUUUUAUAUUUUAAAGGGACAUGUAUUUUUAAAAAGCCUAGUUCACUCCGUCCAAAGAAGCUUAAUGGAACCUGUGGAACAGAGUAACGAUGUGGCGCUGGACAUCAUCAUUACCAACGUGGUUUCUGUCUUCAGGACGAGGUGCCAUCUGAACCUGCGCACCAUCGGCCUGGAGGGCACUAACGUCAUCUACAAACCAGAAGUGGGAAAAGUUCUAAUGAAGCUGCGGAAACCUCGAAUCACUGCCUCCAUAUGGUCAUCAGGGAAAAUCAUUUGCACUGGAGCAACAAGUGAGGAUGAAGCAAAACUCGGUGCCAGAAGGUUAGCUCGCUGCCUCCAGAAGAUAGGAUUCAAGGUGAGGUUUUCGGACUUUAAGGUUGUAAACGUCCUGGCAGUCUGCUCCAUGCCUUUCCAGAUCCGUCUCAUCGAGUUUACUAAGAACAACCGUCCCAUCGCCAGCUAUGAGCCUGAGAUUCAUCCAGCUGCUUCAUAUAGAAUCAAAAACCUCAGGGCCACAGUGCAAGUGUUUUCCACUGGCAGCAUCACAGUAACAGGACCAAAUGUUCAGAGUGUCGCCUCGGCUGUGGAACAGAUAUACCCUCUGCUGCUCGAGUGUCAGAAAAAACUGAUGUGAAGAACUGAGACACACACACACACACACGUCCACACAUGCACCGUCUGAAAUGAAGAAGCACCUUAUGAGUGAAUGAGUGUUUUAAGUGUUGAAGACUUUAAACUGUUGUAAUGUAUGUGACAGAGACAGCACCUCUUCAGCCUGAGUCUGAGCAGGUCUGAACAGCCUGAGCUGUUUGCCCUCUGAACUCUGACCUCUCGUUACAGAACAGUGGCCUCGUCGUCAUUGUGUAGUUCCUGAAUCUACGUUUUAAUCAAGCGCUGUUUUGGUGCACGAUCACCCGACUGGAUCUGCGGAUGGAAAUCAGUGUCUGUUUUUAAAUGUCUGAGUUUUACAGAGAGCGAGGCUGAGGAAGGUUUUAGUGGAACCAUGUCUGCUGAGAGGUGAGGUCAGAUCAUUAAAGAGAGGUUAAAGGGCAAACACACUAGAGACAUUAAAUAGGAUAUGAUGUAAUAUUGAUUACUGCAUUCUGUUGAACAAAAAAACUGGUGGUUUGUGAAACGAUCUGCAGCAUACAUGUUUAUGUAAAUGUUCCCAUUUUGUAUUUUAUAAUAAAGAUUUAAAACUGA